AUGGGGACGCCGUAUUUUGACAACAAAGUAUGGCGUUCUUAUAUUGUUAUCUUAAAAAAGAACCAUUCUUUCCUCUAAAGCUCUUGAGUUUUUUUAGUGCCAGUGAAGAAACAAGAAUAAAUGAAAGAGUUGCUGCUGUUAAAAUACAAAGCUGGUAUCGAUCAAUCAAAGUUCAAAUUUACAUCAGACAUUUACACAAAUCAGCAAUAAGAAUUCAAUGUGUUUACAGAGGAUAUAUUGGUAGAAAAGUUUUUACAAAAUAUGUACUGAAUAGAGCAAAGCAGCUAAGACAAUCUUUUUACAAUAAAAUGGCAAUGAUAAUUCAAUCCCGAUGGAGAGGCUAUUUUGUUAGAAAAUAUAAACUGAACUUUUUUGCUUGGAAAAACUACUUUAUGACAUUGAAAGCAAGAAGUGAAGUUUUCAGAGAAAAUUUACAAGAAUUUUCACGGUAUAUUGCUUUAGAAAAUGAAUGGGAAAAACAAAGAAAAUAUAUGGAAAAAGAGAAGCUGUUAAAUCGAAAGAUGCAUUAUUUGAUAAGCACAAAGGUUUCUAGAGGUGUCUAUAACUCCCCAAAAACAUGUCUUGGAGGUAAAGAGAUUUUGCUUCGUAACUCAAAACCAUUAAGUAAGUUAGAGCGUGAGAAAAUUCAAGAAAAGAAAAAAGAAAUGUUUUUGCGCACUGUUACUGGUAUACCAAAGUAUAUGGAGCAAGUCAGUUUUGAGAAUUGUUCAUUAAAAAGACCUGUAGAAAAAUCAAUUUGGCCGCAAGGUCCUUUUCGUAGCCCUGGAGAAGUGCGUCAGCAGCGCUUAAAAAAGCUUCAACCAACUCUAAGGGUUGCAACAGAAUAUAAAUCUGAUGAAGGUUCCAAAAUACUGUGGCGAAAAGAUAACUCAACUCUAUGUAUUGUGGAUAAAAAGUUUUUUACAACCAUUAAACCGAAGUACUCCUAUGCUCCUUCAUUAAUUGCUUCGACACAUUAUGGAAGCUUAAAUUAUGGAACAAAGCAUUUUCGUAGUUACUCCUCAGAACCAUAUUUAUAUGAGAAGCUUUUUCAGUGUGUCGUUUCUCCAAUUCCGAUUUUUGGUGAUAUAGUGGAAGAUCAAAGUUAAGAGAUAAAUGUUCAAAAUAAUGUUUAUAAUUUUUAACGUGAAAAAAGAAAUGUAAAAGUCUUCAGUAAUUAAAAUAGAUAAUAUUAUUAGG